CCGCUGAUUUUAGUAAAUAGCUAAUGCGAUAAUUGUAUUGCUGAAGACCAAACUGCCUUCAAAAUAGGAUGUGAGAGGCACUUAAAAGGCCCAUGACCUCAUUCAAGAUAAAAUGGACUCACCAUCUCAUCGUCUAUCAAGGCCCAGAUCUAUAUCCAGAGAAGUUGGAGAGUCCGCUCAAGCAAUCCAUCCCACAUUCAAUCCAGAAUCUUCACAACUAUGGCUACCAUGGUUCCCUUAUACAACGCUUUGCCCACCCUGGGAAAGGCCGAUUCGCUCUUUAUCGAUAGGCCGAGGGUGCUCAAGCAAAUGCGUGACCCCCUUGCCCAAUACAACCAUGUCUUUGGCCUUUGUCUUAUUCAUGCGCAUUGCAAACUGUAGGAAGACGACAUCAUGUACGCCCAAGGAGACACUGCGAGACCUGUGAAAGUUGCCUCUCUCAGUGAGUAUCACGCCGAGCGCUGGCUGCCUUCCGGCCCACCAUACGAGUACACCAGCCGAUUAACCGUUGCUCCGCCCGCCGAUCUCCUCGAAUCAUUCAGCGAACUUGUCUCUGGCAUCGGUGUUCUUGGUCUGUACCACAUUGACACUGAGAGCGGCGGCAAGAUGAUUGAACGUACCGAGGGACGGAUGAAUUCUCUUUCGCCCUACGAUGGUUCUGAUGGAGCAGAGUCGGGAGACCAUUUGGAGACAGCUUGGAAUCUUGGGAAGGGUGAUCCUGUCACCAUGGCAAAAGUAUAGUAGCAGUCUGAGCCGCCAUGUACAACUAGUUACCUGCUAACUUGAUAAAACUUUAGACACAAAAAGUCGCGUUAGGCAGACCUUAGCUUUUUGGUGAUUCA